GUUCAUUGAGAAGGGUCUAAGCGCCGAGUACAGGCGUAAUAUUAUUACGUGCAUUUAAUAAUAAACAAUGAGUGAAAAUCAAGUAAACAACCCAAAGCGACGUGCCCCAGGGUCUGAAAAUAAAAAGAAUUAAAUGAAACGACUGAAAUAUAGUGGCCUGGCAUAUCACAAUCGAAGUAACAAGGAUAUUGCUGCUAAGAAGGCGCCAAGUUUUGAGGUAUUUUGUAAAUGUAAAUAUGAGUGCAGAAAAUUGCCCUAUGAGCAAAAAAUAUUUUUAUUUGAAGAUUAUUAUAAAAUAGCUAAUCAUGUGAAGCAAAAAUCUUAUCUGUUGGGACUCAUACAAAUUGGCAGUGUAAAAAGAAGACGUCACGGAAAAUAUGAAUCUGCAGAACAAAGUCGUCGACAAGCUACUGCAUGGUACACGGUUCCAAACGGAAAUGGCCAGCAUGUGCAGUUAAGUUUGGCGAUAUCAUCUGGAGAUAGUAUUAAGAUUGAUCGUGCAGUAGCUGUUGAUGCUGGGAUACGUAUCGUACCUAAAAGCGAAGACGAUUGUCGGAAGAUAAUUCGUCUUUUCGAAGAGGAAAAUGUUCCUCACCAUACAUUUCCUUCCACUGCUCCUCUGAGCGUAACAUCCACGCUGUUAUCCGAGGAAUCCCAGCAUCAACUGUUGAGCAGGAAAUCAAAGAGGAGCUCGAAUAGAAUGGAUAUACCUGUACAUACCUACUCCCCUCCAUAUAAUUCGCUUGAAGCGCAACUGUGA